AUGGAGAGCAACGCAAACGAAACCGACGCUCCUCAGCAGCUUGCUAGAAACGGCAAGUCAUGGCCUCUUGGUCCAGACAACUUCGACAUCCAAGGCCGCCUCUUGAUUGAUGAGACAGGCGCUAUGGAGCUGUCGAGCCGCACUACUCAGGGUCAAACCGAAGGAAACUCUCUUGUUCAAUUCGAUGACGCUGAUAUCCUCAAUCCGCACAAUUGGCCCUUCAAGAAGAAAUUCUACACCUUCAUACUCGUGAGCUUCGCGACCAUGAUUGUGUCGAUGACAAGCAGCAUCUUUUCGCCCGUCGUCCCGACUAUAUCCAGCAACUACGGAAUCCCCAAGACAGUUGGAAACCUUGGAGUCGCACUGUGCGUUCUCGGAUUCGUUACCGGACCUCUCAUCUGGGCGUCAUUCUCCGAGCUUAAGGGUCGUCGGUUGCCUUUCGUCCUAGGCAUGUUUGGCUUCACCGUCUUCUCCUUCGCCACGGCAGUUUCAAAAGACCUGCAAUCAAUCUUUAUCUGCCGCUUUUUUACUGGGUUCUUCGGUGCUUCUCCGUUUAUUCUGGCCAAUGCUGUAUGCAGCGACAUGUUAAGUGUCCAGGCCUUCAUGAAUAGCAUGGUUGGCUUUGGUAUCAUCGUCUUCUCGGGACCUCUUUUGGCUCCAGCUAUCGGUGGCUUCAUAGUCAUGGACGAGCAUCUUGGCUGGAGGUGGACACACUAUAUCGCGGGCAUUCUUGGUGUAGUGUCAUUCGUCUCGGUUCUCUUCUUCCUCGACGAAUCCUACGCUCCCGUUGUACUAGUCAACAAAGCGAAGCGACUCCGCUACGAAACCAAGAACUGGUCCAUUCAUGCAGAGCACGAAGAAAUUGAGCUUAAUAUCAACUCGAUGUUCCAAAACUACUUCACCAUACCGCUCAAACUCCUGGCGCUUGAUCACAUCAUCCUGUGCGUUUGCAUCUUCGGCGCCUUCGUGUACGGUCUGCUCUAUCUCUCCAUCACGACAUACCCGAUUAUCUUCCAGCAAAUCCACGGCAUGAACCCCGGCGUUGGCGGCCUCCCGUUCAUAGCAGUCAUCAUCGGCCAAUUCAUCGCUGGGGUUGUGAUGUACAUCCGACAACGCUCGCUGGGCCGCAAGCUCCAAGCAAAUAACGGAGAGCUCGUCCCCGAGUGGUUACUUUUGAUGGCGAUACCUGGCUCUGCAGCGUUCGCGGCAGGGCUCCUCUGGCUAGGCUGGACGGGGUACCGAAGCAAUAUCCACUGGAUCUGGCCUACUCUGUCUGGAGUGCUCAUAGGCUUCGGUCUAAUCACUAUGUUUCUCCCGUCUGUUCAGUACGUCGCCCAAGUUAGGCGGAAUAGGGCUGCCUCCGCUCUUGCGGCACACACGAUCCUCCGCUCGUUGGCUGGGUCUAGCUUUCCGCUUUUCGCAACUUACAUGUUCACCACCUUGGGAGUUCAGUGGGCCCUGACAAUCUUAGGAUCUAUUGCAGCGUGUCUGUUCUCCGUACCCGUUGUGCUCUACAUUUAUGGUGCCAAACUUAGGGCAAAAUGCCAGCGAGCAAUGGCCAAUGAAGCGAAGUUUUCCCACAAUGACUACACCGUCGCCUGGAUCUGCGCGUUGCCGCUGGAAAUGGCAGCCGCGAAGGUCAUGCUAGACGAGACCCACGACGCCCUCCCUCAACCUUCAACCGAUCAUAAUACUUACACCCUCGGUCAACGAGCUGGCCACAACGUAGUAGUCGCGUGCCUGCCUUCUGGUGUCUACGGAACCACCUCCGCCGCGACAGUGCUGUCGCACAUGCUACCGACGUUUCCCCGUUUGCGAUUCGGGCUGAUGGUCGGGAUUGGGGGCGGAGUGCCUCAGAAGGAUGUGGAUAUCCGCCUUGGUGAUGUGGUUGUCAGUCUGCCGAGCGAAACAUCUGGCGGCGUCAUUCAAUACGACUUUGGCAAGACCAUUCGUGAUGGACAGUUUCAGCGCACCGGGUCUCUCAAUAAACCUCCUCAAUUUUUGCUGACGGCGAUAUCCCAGAUGCGGAGUGACCAAGUAAUUGGGAAACGGCCAAUUACGGAAAUCCUGUUGGAUAUUCUUCGGAGUCAUCAGGAAAUGAAGGAGCAUUUCUUACGGCCAGCGAAUGACUGGCUUUUCGAGCCAACAUACACGCAUGAAAGAAGCCCCGAUUGCUCACAAUGCGAUCAGACCAAAUUGAUACAACGCCCGCCUCGACAAAGCGAGGAUCCCCAUGUUCACUACGGCUUGAUUGCCUCCGGAAACCAGGUCAUUAAAGAUGCCGCUAGACGGGACGCUCUUGCCCGAGAGAUGGAUAUCCUUUGCUUUGAGAUGGAAGCUGCAGGACUUAUGGACCAGCUCCCAUGCUUGGUGAUCCGAGGAAUCUGCGACUACUGCGACUCCCAUAAGAACAAAGAUUGGCAAGGCUACGCAGCUCUCGCUGCUGCUGCGUACGCAAAAGCUUUUCUUGAACUAAUUCCUAUACACGGCAAGAACCCUGAGCCAAGGCCGCCGAGGACUGCACACCACUGGAUGGUUCCCUUUCACAGGAACUCGAGAUUUGUCGGUCGAGAAGAGGAGAUCAACCGCAUUGAAAGAAUGAUAAAUACAUCACCAUCUAAAAUUGCGGUCUGCGGACUCGGCGGAGUGGGGAAGACACAGAUAGCACUCGAAAUUGCUCAUCGCAUGCGUGAAAGAGAUUUCGAUUCGAUUUUCUGGAUUCCCUGUACGAGCCACGAGAGCGUUGAACAGGCAUACAUGAGCAUGGCGCAGAUGCUUGGAAUACAGGAGACAAAGACUGGAGAGGCAAAAAGCAGAGUGAAAGCUCACCUGAGUCAACAAAGAUCAGGAAAGUGGCUUCUGAUAUUCGACAAUGCAGACGAUAUGAGUAUGUGGUCUCGGGGCACGAGGCCCGAAUCAACACCACUGUCCGACUAUCUACCCCAGCAUGAACAAGGCCAUAUCCUAUUCACUACGCGUAACCGGAAGGUCGCAGUGCUACUGGCGUCUACUAAUGUAAUCCAUGUUGCCGAGCCAGACCCGAAAGCAGCAAUGCGCAUGAUGCAGAGGUCACUGGUUGAUAAAGACCUGCUCAACGACAGUAAUCAAGCUAUAGCACUGCAACUUCUCGAAAAUCUUGCCUUUCUUCCUCUCGCCAUAUCCCAGGCGGCGGCCUAUAUUAAUGAAAACAGUAUCAACCUCUCGGAUUAUAUGGAGCUCUUGCAAGACCAGGAAGCGGAAGUGAUUGAUUUGUUGAGUGAAGAUUUCGGGGACGACUGGAGAUACCAAGAUAUCCAGAACCCUGUGGCUACAACAUGGUUGAUCUCAUUUCAGCAAGUUCAGCAACUAAACCAACUAGCGGCUGAGUAUCUGCUAUUCAUGGCCUGCAUAGAUCAUCGCAACAUCCCAAAGUCCCUACUCCCUGAGGCUGCAUCUAAGAAAAGAACCAUCGAUGCAAUUGGCCUCUUGAAAGCCUUUUCCUUUCUUAGCGAACAGGCUGGCAGCCUAAAUCUUCAUCGACUCGUUCACCUCUCGACUCGGAACUGGCUUAGGACGCAGGGUCACUUUGACGGACAAAUAGCCACAACAGCAAUACGAUGUGACCAGGUCUUCCCGGAUCAUACUUGGACCAACCGAAAAACCUGGCGGGAGUAUCUGCCGCACGUUCUUGCACUUAUAAGAGAGGUUGGUUUUCAAGAAGAGUACCAUCUGGGUCUAGUCCGGAGAGUCGGCAAGUGCUUGAGCGUAGAUGGACGAAACAUUGAAGCGCUCCCGUUGUUUGAGAGAAUCCUGGACAGUCAACGACAGCUACACGGGGAUGAUGAUCUCGAGGCCACGGUGGUGGCAAUGAAUGAUCUAGCACACCAAUAUUGCAGGCUAGCGCGAUGGUCAGAUGCGGAAGAAAUGCAGCUGCAGGUCUUGGAGAUCCGCAAACAAGAAUUGGGACCUGAUCAUUCUGAUACACUGUCUAUCAUGAACAACCUGGCAUUAACAUAUUCUGGCUGCGGAAAGCUGAAAGAGGCGGAAGAGCUAAGGACUCAACUAUAUCACUUGGACCGACGGAUGCGCGGCCGAGAGCAUUGGACCACUUUGGGGAGCGCGCAUAACCUGGCCUCUGUCUACCGAAAGCUCGGGAAACUGGAACAAGCAGAAAGAUUAGCAUUGCAGGCAUUCGAAGCGCGGAAACGCACGCUCGAAGCUGACCACCCUGAUAUUUCAUACAGCAUGGGACUUCUUGCUAGGAUAUACCAAGACCAGGGGCGUUGGCAAGAAGCUGAACAGCUACAGGUGCCGUUAUUAGAGAUCUACGAAAGAGUGAACGGGCUGCAGUACUCAGAGGCCCUGAGUACUAUGCAUAAUCUUGCUCAGAGCUGGCAACAUCUUGGACGGACAGACGAUGCUAUUUCCAUGCUUGAAACCUGCCUCAAUAUCAGCCUCAAGGUAUGGGAUCCCGGGCACCCAGAUACAAUUGCCACGUUGGACUGCCUACGUGCGGCUAUUGAGGAGAGAGAUAAUGCCGACUUAUCGUCGAGCAGCUAG